CGCUGUUUGUAUGAAUUCAAUUUUGGUAUUGCCAUUCUCCUUGCGAAUUCCAUUGAUAACUUGAUCCAAACAUAAAUAAAACUGUAUUAUUUGUACAUCUCACCUUUUAACAAUUUACCUUCUCCAAGCUUCACAUUUGGUUCUUCAAGGACUGUCAGAUAUAUCCAGUCCCAAAUUCAGACCUGAAACCUCUUUGAUAGUGUAUAUACCCAACGGUCUAUGGAUAGAUGAUCCCUCGUUUUCAAUUUCUUCCAAAGAGGAGCUUUAUAAGACCUAUUUCUCUUUUAUUUACUCCAAGUAAACGGUCGUUGUCCGGCGCUCCCGUAUUUGGUAAACCAGAGAAACCAAGGGACAGUAAAGCAGCCUUGUCUGUUUUAGAUAGCAUUCCCAGAGAACAAAUUAGAAAUUGGGCUGUUAUUGCACAUAUCGAUCAUGGAAAAUCGACUUUAAGCGAUUGUCUUUUAAAACUCACCGGCGUUAUUGAUAAGAACAAUGCCAAGAACCAAUUCUUGGAUAAGCUAGCUGUUGAAAGGAGGAGAGGAAUUACAGUAAAGGCUCAAACUUGUAGUAUGAUAUACCAUUAUCAGAAUAAGCCUUACUUGCUUAACCUGAUCGAUACGCCGGGUCACGUUGACUUCCGUGAAGAAGUAAUGCAUAGUCUAGCUGCUUGCGAAGGAUGUAUCUUGCUUGUGGACGCAUCUCAAGGAAUACAGGCUCAAACGCUUUCUAAUUUUUAUAUGGCUUUUGCUCAAAACCUUGUCGUUCUUCCAGUUCUUAAUAAAGUUGACUUACCAACGGCAGACGUUGAGAAGACAUUGAAUCAAAUUGAACAGACGUUUGAAUUGGAUGUAUCAGAUACGUUAUUUAUAUCUUCAAAGUCAGGAACAAAUGUUGAAAAAAUUUUACCAGAGAUUGUUCAUCGCUUUCCUCCUCCAGAAGGCGAUGAAUCGAAACCCCUACGAAGUCUUUUGAUUGACUGUUGGUACAAUAAUUACCAGGGAGUAAUUUCUCUAGUUAGGCUUAUGGACGGUACCCUAAAAAAAGGACAAAAACUAAUGAGUGUCAAUACAGGAAGAAAGUAUGAAGUUCAACAAGUCGGAAUUAUGUAUCCUGAUAUGACAGAAACAGCCGAGCUGCGGGCAGGACAAGUCGGAUAUGUCGUAUCAAACAUGAAAAAUAUAGAUGAGGCUAUUAUUGGAGAUACCUUUACUACUGUAGGACAAUCUGUCGAGCCUUUACCUGGCUUCUCGGUACCCAAACCCAUGGUUUUCGUGGGAGCCUUUCCUACAGACUCUUCUGAUUUUGAACGCUUAAAUGACUGUAUAGAGCAGUUGACUUUGAAUGAUCGCUCUAUUCACGUGGAAAAAGAAACGUCCUCUGCUUUGGGCAUGGGAUGGAGAUUAGGAUUUUUGGGGACUUUGCAUCUCUCAGUGUUUGUCGAGAGACUUCAAGAUGAGUACGAUCGGAAGCUCGUAAUUACCUCUCCAACAGUACCUUAUCUUAUUCGUGAUCAGGAUGGCAAAGAGGAAAUCAUAUCUAAUCCAAAUGUGUUUCCCUCCCGAAGGAUGAGACAUCAAGAGUUUUUUGAACCUAUAGUCGAAGCCACCAUUAUUAUUCCCUCCGAAUACUUAGGAGACGUUAUCAAGUUGUGUGAGUCCUGUCGAGGUAUUCAAGAAGAUUGUACCUUUCUUUCAGAAACUAGAUGCAUGCUGAAGUAUCACAUCCCUCUGGCACAUUUGGUGGAAGAUUUUUUUGGAAGAUUAAAGGGUCAAACCAGUGGUUAUGCUACUUUGGACUACGAAGAUGCUGGAUAUGCUCCAACAGACAUUGUGAAAUUAUCCGUUCAUGUUAAUGGUCAGUCGGUAGAUGCGCUAUGUACUGUUGUUCAUCGUUCCUUGGCCCUGAACCGAGGACGUGAAUGGAUCAACAGAUUACGCGAACUAUUACCAAAACAAUUGUACGAGGUAGCCAUUCAAGCUGUCGUAGAAAGCAAAGUACUAGCUCGACAAAACAUUGCGGCUUUACGGAAAAAUGUUACAGCUAAAUGUUAUGGUGGGGAUUGGACUCGAAAACAGAAACUACUAAACAAGCAGAAAGAGGGAAAGAGUCGUCUGCGACAGAGUAGCAACGUUUCAAUUGAUAAAUCGGUAUUUUACCAAUUUAUGAUGAAGAAAACAUCAAAUUAAUUAUAUCUAAAAAAUCAGUAGUUUCUGAGCCGAUCUGCCUAACAAAGCACAAUUUCGGCACACACCUUACUUACUACUCUUUGUACUUCUAGAAGCUUCUUAGAAGAUUUUACUUCUAAACCAGCUAUUGUAUAUAUUUCGUUGACCAAACAACCUUGCUUUAGGUAACUAAAUUUUUGUUUU